AAGCGGAAGCGCGGGUGCCGGGGAGCGAUGGCAGCCGGCGGUCUGAGCCGCUCGGAGCGCAAGGCUGCGGAGCGGGUCCGGAGGCUGCUGGAGGAGCAGCAGCGGGAGCGCCUCCGCCAGGUGUCCCGCAUCCUGAGGAAGGCGGUGGCCGAGCGCAGCGCGGAGGAGGGCCGGCUGCUGGCCGAGAGCGAGGACCUGGUGACGGAGCUGCAGGGCCGGAGCCGGCGGCGCGAGGGCCUGAAGCGGCGCCAGGAGGAGGUGUGCGAUGACCCAGAAGAGCUGCGGAGGAAAGUCAAGGAGCUGGCCAGCGCCGUCAGGAACUCCAAAUACUUGGUUGUCUACACAGGCGCGGGGAUCAGCACGGCAGCUUCCAUCCCAGAUUACCGGGGCCCCAACGGAGUGUGGACGCUGCUGCAGAAAGGGAGAAGCGUCAGUGCCACUGACCUGAGUGAGGCCGACCCAACCCUCACCCACAUGAGCAUCGCCUGCCUGCACGAGCAGAAGCUGGUGCGGCACGUGGUGUCUCAGAACUGCGACGGGCUCCACCUGCGGAGUGGGCUACCCCGCACGGCCAUCUCUGAGCUGCACGGGAACAUGUACAUCGAGGUCUGCACCUCCUGCAUCCCCAACCGGGAGUACGUGCGGGUGUUCGAUGUGACGGAGCGCACUGCCCUGCACCGACACCAGACAGGCCGGGCCUGCCACAGGUGCGGGGCCCAGCUCCGCGACACCAUCGUGCACUUUGGGGAACGGGGCACUCUGGGGCAGCCGCUGAACUGGGAGGCGGCCACCGCAGCUGCCAGCAAAGCAGACACAAUCCUGUGCUUGGGCUCCAGCUUAAAGGUCCUGAAGAAGUACCCGCGCCUCUGGUGCAUGACCAAGCCCCCCAGCCGACGGCCCAAGCUCUACAUUGUGAACCUGCAGUGGACACCCAAGGACGACUGGGCCACCCUGAAGCUGCACGGCAAGUGUGAUGACGUCAUGCAGCUCCUCAUGGGCGACCUGGGCCUGGAGAUCCCCACCUACAGCAGGUGGCAGGACCCCAUCUUCUCCCUGGCGACCCCCCUGCGUGCUGGUGAAGAAGGUAGCCAUAGCCAGAAGCCGCUAUGCAGAAGCAGAGAAGAGCGGCCGGGUGACCAGGGUGCCCCGCCCGGCCCAGCCCCCAUUUGCAGGGGCUGGUUGGGCAGGGGCUGCGCCAAGCGCACAAAGAGGAAAAGAGUCACGUAGCCUGGUGCUCAGAGACGAACACAAGUGGCACUUUGCAAAUGGCCAGAACUCUUAUUCAGGGUGAGGGUCACCGUGGAAGGUCUGGGUUGUUCCCCAGGUCUGGUGAGGAGAAUCCUUGCGGGUGACGUUUUUAGCCAUUUACCCGUCUCUGGGAAGCUGCAUCUCCUGGCCCCUUGCACUGCUCUGGGUGUCCCCGACACGGGCUUGACUGUGGGGACCCCUCCCACCCCCUGGCCCCUAGGUCCAAGAAGAGAGGGUGUUUCACACCUGGCUGCCUUACCUCAGUCACCAGGAUAGUCUCAGGAACCAGCCCUCUUUCUACUACUUCUCAAGAAUUAACUUUCUAGGAACCCCUUCGGUUGGGUGUGUGGCAAGGGGAUGGUUUCCAGCCCUGGCCCUCAGCAGCCCUUUUUAUUGUUAUUAUUAAACAUCUCUGCACUGUUCUCAUCGUCACGAGUGACUGCUGCGCGGUGGCGGUGGACGCGGGCGCGGGAGGGACCUCGGGCGUGGACUGGCAUGUGCCCGCUGUUUAAGCAGAACCCCUCCCUUG